CAAACACUGUUUGAAACAGAAACUUAACUAUGCGCCCACGUGACCGUCACUUGGAGACGGCGUUCCGGAAUCCGCUUCCUCGAACGCCACCUACAAGCUGGCUAUUCCUCUCUUACACCAUACUUGUGCUGAGCAGCGAAAUAAUGCUUCAAGCCAGCUGUCUUUGUACUGGGUAACGGAUAUGUGCGUCGAGUCAACAGGGCCGUUGGUCAUGCACGGAACAUCACGUACGCACCGCAUUGAGACCUCUUAUGACAUUUGCGGAAGUGUCUCUGCUUUCUUCUGCUGCUGUCAUGCAUCUUCUUUGUGAAAUGCUGCCAGUACACAGAAAGUCUAGCGUUGUCUACGUCAAACUCGGACCUCUGGCUGAGCGGGAGAAAUGCACUACCUUACGAACUACCUUCCGACAAGCCGAGAUGCAGUGUGUAUUCAAAGCCAUAUGUAAUCUUGCGGCCUCUACGCUCCACAAUGCUGAGCCAACGCUGCCAUGCGCACUCCGUCUUCGCCAUCGGUUCCGCUAUCAUCUCACGGAUCCUAUCGAGCACCACGAGCUUCACAUCGAAGUAUUGCUAACAAAUUCGCUCGUCUUAGGGCAGCGCAAAGAACGCGGAUACUACGGGUCCUACAUCCGGACGGUCAGAAUUGCAAUCGGACACGAGUCCUCCGAAAUGCGGAUAUGGUCUCCGCGAAUGAAACACAUAGGUAUCCCUUGCCGGAUCGGAAAGGACGCCGUCGAAUGUGGAUAUGGAUAUCGUGCCAUCCGUGUUGCACCCGCGUCCUGUCCGCGCUGCCGCGAUGUCCGACGUCCCGACGCAAAAUCGCAUAAAUAGCCAACGCAAACUCACUCAAGCUCAUCGAAUCUGCACAGACACGAACAACUCCAACUUUACACUGUCUUAACAUCUAUCGUCUUA